CUGUUCCGUGGGAUAAACCAUCCCGAUAGAGAUCUGCUAAAAAAAAAGAAAGAUUAUAUGAAAAUCAAAUCUAAAAUCUGACCACCAAAAUUAUUCCGAAUUUCAAGCAAGGACUUCCUCAUGUUAUAUUUUGUUUAUAAGGACUCUUUAUCUGACUAUAAAUAGGGCAACCUAAUUCUUUUCUCACACAUCACAACCAUUCAAUUUCCAGUCAUACAACUCCUAAAUUUUUUCUUUCCACUUUCGUUGUCAUUUUGAUUAUUUUUCUUCAUUUCUAUCAUUUAUUCUUUUAUUUAACAUGACUGUUAUCGUCGAGGAGCCCGUUUUUGAAACCCAAGAGGAGAUAAAAAAGGUACGCUUGGAUACAAAUGAAUUAGUACUGGAUGCUGGAUUUAAGAUCCCUGAUUCUAAGGACUUAGUCUCAAACAAUGGAUUUUCAACUCCUGAUAUUAAUGCCUUUGGCAACACUUUCAGAGAUUAUGACGCGCAAACUGAAAGGCAAAAAAGUGUUGAAGAAUUUUACAAGCAAAACCAUAUCCAUCAAACCGUUGACUUUGUGAAAAAGAUGAGAGAAGAAUACAGGAAAUUGGAUAAGGUGGAAAUGAGUAUUUGGGAAUGUUGUGAACUCCUUAACACAGUUGUGGAUGAGAGUGACCCUGACUUGGAUGAGCCUCAAAUUGAACAUUUGCUCCAAACUGCUGAAGCUAUUAGGAAGGAUUACCCUAAUGAAGAUUGGCUCCACUUGACUGCCCUUAUUCAUGACCUUGGAAAGGUUUUAGUUCACCCAAGCUUUGGAGAGCUUCCUCAAUGGGCUGUUGUGGGCGACACUUUCCCUGUUGGAUGUGCAUUUGAUGAAUCUAUUGUUCAUCAUAAGUAUUUUAAGGAAAAUCCAGAUUAUAAUAAUCCUGAUUAUAACACCAAGAAUGGUAUAUACACUGAAGGAUGUGGUCUAGAGAAUAUCAUGAUUUCUUGGGGUCAUGAUGAUUACAUGUACCUGGUAGCCAAGGAAAAUGGUACAACUCUUCCUCCAGCUGGUCUUUUCAUCGUUAGAUUUCACUCUUUCUAUGCUCUGCAUAAAUCUGGAGCAUACAUGCAUUUGUUGAAUGCUGAGGAUAAAGAGAAUCUGAAAUGGCUCCAUAUUUUCAACAAAUAUGAUCUAUACAGCAAGAGUAAAGUUCGAAUUGAUGUGGAGAAAGUAAAGCCAUACUACCUCUCCCUCAUCAACAAGUAUUUCCCAUCAAAGCUAAGAUGGUAGAAAUUUUCGAAGGGAUUAUCUACAAAUUUCACACUGUAAUUAGAGUUAAGGCAUUUUGAUUGGUUUUACAAAACCAAAUUAAUAAGUUUAGUGAGACAAAUUAUGGUUUAUUUUUAAUGUUUCAUGUAUUAGGCAUCAUGUAUUAUGUAUCAUGUACGUAUUACGUAUAUGUAGCUUUUUUCUAUGUGUAUUCUCCAAGUAAUGGUCAAUUGCAAUGUAACAUUAGCUGUGUAUUGAUCAUUGGAUCAUUCAUUUAAUAAUAACUUUACUUUGAAAGAUUUUUUAAUAUUAU